AUGGUUCAAUGGAUAGUUCUGAUUGCAAGCAACUCAGGUGGUAGAACUGGGUGGUAUCUAAAUAGAAAUAACUGGAAUGAUAUAUCUUUUAGAGAUUGCAGUCAGAGCCAAUUUAACUACUAUGAUCAAGUUCCUCAUCAUGGUUGGGAUUUCGGCUAUGCUGAUGGUACAUAUGCACCUCAUCAUGGUUCAGUUUACCGCAAUGCUGAUGGAACAAAUGUACCUCGACAUUCCUCUGAACCAACUAGUGUUGCAUAUGUACCUCACUAUACCUCUGAACCAACUAAUGCUCACACAUAUGUACCUCGUCAUACCUCUGAACCAACUAUUUCUGCUGUAGGACCAUCACACCAGCCACAACCAAGGCCAUAUUGUAAAAUUUGUGAGGUUAAGUUGAGUAGUUACAAAGUUAUGGAAGCACAUAUUAGUGGAAAGAAACAUCAAACAAUGUUGAAGCUUCGCGAGGAAACAGAGACAGAAAGAAUAUCAAAUGGGCAGAUUUCAAAUUCUCAAGUGGAUUUAGCAGUUCAACCUAAGACACGAGAAAAAAACGUGAGUUCUGAACCUACUGUUGCAAAGCACGAGAAUUACUUUCGGAAAGAUAAAAGGGUUACUCCUGAAGUUCCAGUCGAAGGGAAAACUAGGGAUAACACUAGUGCACAUGGUCAUAAUUUCAAGCGAAGUAUUGGUGGAGCCAAAUCAGGUAAAUACAUGAAGACAAAUGAUGGGGUAAGAAGGCCCAUGGAAUCAUCAAAACUUGAUAUCAAUUCUCUGUCCGAUUCUGUUGAAUUUCCCAUCCAAAUACAUGCAUUAGCACCACAGGAAGCUGUGACAUCUCAUAUUUCAAAUUCUAAAGUGGAUUUAGCAGUUCAACCUAAGACAGCUCUGAAAUCUGGGGAAAAUAGAUGCCUAGAAAAAAAUGUGAAUUCUGCUGCUACUAUGGCCAAACACAAGAAUUACUUGCAGAAAGAUAAAGGGGUUACUCCUAACCUUCCAGCCGAAGGGAAACCCAGGGAUAACACUAGUGCACAGGGUCAUAAUUUCAAGCAUUUGAUUGAUGGAGCCAAAACAGGUAAAUACAUGAUGACAAAUGAUGGGGUAAGAAGGCCCAUGGAAUCAUCAAAAUUUAAUAUUAAUUCUGUGUCAGAUUCUGUAGAAUCUCCCAUCCAAAUACCUGCAUUAGCACCAGGGCUGACGUCUCAUACAACAAUGGCACCAGCACCUGUAGUCGGAUCAAGUUUCAAAUUUGUAUAUCAACAUAUCUUAGCCUUGCAAACACUAGUAUUGGAAGCCAAAGAAUAUCAUGAUAUUCAAAAUCCUACUGUACAAACAAGUGAUCAUCCACAUGCUGCUUCAUAUUCUAACAUUAACACCCAACCUGAAGUUGUGAGUUCUGAUUCUGCAGCAAGAGUAGUAAUAAGACCAUCAAAAUCAAGAUACUGUAAAAUUUGUGCUGUUCAUAUACCACCCUCUUGCAAAUUUAAUGCACUGGAAUUACAUAACAAAGGAAAGAAACAUCAAAGAAUGUUGAGACAUCAAGGAGAGUUGAAACUACGAGAGGAAUUAGAGACUAGAGCAGCCAAAACAGGUAAACACAUAAAGAAGAAUAAGGUGGAAAGAAGACCCAUGGCAUCAUCAAAACUUAAUAUCAGUUCCCAUUUUAAAUCUGUACAAUCUCCUGUAGAAAGAUCAAUACCAGCUUUAGCACCGUUGCCUGCACUUGUGGCAUCUCACACAAUUGCACCAACACCUGUAGUGAAAUCAAGUGUCGAGCCACAGAUUCAGCAUGUUUCAUUAUCGCAGACACUUGUGGCAGAAGGCAAUGAACAUUAUGAGAUUGAGAAUCCAAAUGUAGAAGUGACUGAUCAGCCACAUGCCCCUGAAAAUAUGAGUUCUGAUUCUACAGCAAUAGCAAUGACAUCAUUAGAAGGGUUUAUGACAGCUCAGGUAUUUGACCCAUCUCAGGCAGUGGCAUCUAGUUUCGAGCCUCAAAUUCAACAUGUUCUACAGACAUGCAUGUUAGAAAGCAAAGAACAUCAUGAGAUUCAGAAUCCCACUUUAGAAACAAAUGAUCAGCCACCAACAACAGAGAGAUCAAGUUCUGAACUCCAAAUUCAACAUGUUUUACAUAUUGAAACAGAACCUCAACUAUCAGAAGGCACAACUGAUUCUGAGAGCCAAGAUUGUACUGAUGAAAAAAACAAUCAGCUGCCUCCAUCAGUUGUAGUAGAGUUCAAUUCCCCUUCAUGUUCCAGAGCUAAUGCCCAAACUGCAGAUGGAUGUUCUAAUCAUGAACAAAAGAUGGAUAUUAUCACCCAUCAGUCACGGACCACUCAGCUGUCUCAGGUAGCUGUUUGUCUUAAGUGUGGCGAUGUAGGAUUCCGAGAGACACUUGUCUUUUGCAAGAAGUGUCAGCAAUCUUCAUCAUCGCUUGACUCAGAUGCUGGGACUUCUAAUGUGCCACGGUAUUGUUUAGAUGGGCCUGUGAUUUUUACCGGUGAUGUUACUUGGUUUUGUAAUUGUGAACCAGAGGUAGUCGAGACAUAUGCAAAAAAUGCCUCUCUAAACUUAGCAAAUAACGCAUCUCAAGACAGAAUAGAUUCCGAAAAAUGCAUAGAGAGAGUAAAGAAGAAGCAAGGGCCACAAAAUAUUGCAGCUAAAACAAUGGUGCUGCUAUCUGAUAAUCACAAUCAUGGGUUGUCUCAAUGCAGUAACAAUACUGAAAAGGAAAAUAAGUUUGGGAAAGAGUGUCACCCAGCUCCAAAAGAUGAAGCUAAUAAUAGUGAGGGGUCUAUGAUUGUGACUGUUCCACAUCCUAUUGCAGAUCCAGUCUGGAGGGGAAGUCUGUGUUACUUCAGCCCUAGUUUUCGUAUUGUCAUUGGGCUUAUAGCCCAUAUGUCCACAUUAGCAUGCUCCAAAGUUUUGGAGGAGACAAGAUUUUUUCCUGCUGUGCUUUGCCCGGACCUACUGCCAAGAUCUGCAGUGUGGCCGAAGUCUUUCAUGAAUUGUGGUCCAAAUGAAGAUAGCAUUGCUCUUUAUUUCUUUCCUGAUACUGAAAGUGUUGAGAAGGCCUUUGACAAUCUGGUUGAUCACAUGAUGUCCAGUGACCUUGCCAUAAGAGCUGAGGUUGAAAAUGCAGAUCUUCUCAUUUUUACUUCUGCAUUACUCCCUAUCCAAUGCCGAAGAUUUCAAGAAAAGUAUUACUUGUGGGGGGUUUUCAGAGCAAAGAAAAAAAAUAGUACACAAUACAAAAAUGAUGCAGUGUUUGAAGAGUUACUAGUGGGCACAAACCGUUAA